UCCGCUAAAGAUGUGAAAAUGGCGGAGCUGCAAAUGCUACUGGAAGAGGAGAUUCCAGCAGGACGGAGCGCGCUACUGGACAGCUUCACCAACUUGGAACGAGUCGCGGAGUACUGCGAGAGCAACUAUGUCCAGUCUCCAGACAAAGAGAGGGCGCUGGAAGAGACUAAGAACUACACCACCCAGUCUCUGGCCAGCGUAGCCUACCUGAUCAACACACUGGCCAACAAUGUCCUGCAGAUGCUGGACAUCCAGGCCUCGCAGCUCCGGCGCAUGGAGUCCUCCAUCAACCACAUCUCACAGACGGUGGACAUCCACAAAGAGAAAGUAGCACGGCGGGAGAUCGGCAUCCUCACUACCAACAAGAACACAUCCCGCACACACAAGAUCAUCGCCCCAGCCAAUCCUGAGAGGCCUGUGCGCUACAUCCGCAAGCCCGUCGACUACAGCCUGUUAGACGACAUGGGUCAUGGAGUCAAGGCCAGCGCCCAGAACAUGAAGGCCGGAGGAGGCGGACUCCCUCGCACCAACCCCCCCACACAGAAGCCCCCCAGCCCGCCCAUGUCAGGCAAAGGGACCCUUGGGCGCCACUCCCCCUAUAGGACGCUCGAGCCGGUGCGUCCGCCCGUUGUCCCUAACGACUACGUCUCAAGCCCGACGCGCAACAUGGCGCAGCCCCAGCAGAGCCCUGCACGCACUGCAUCCGUUAAUCAGAGGAACCGCACGUACAGCAGUGGGAGCAGCGGAGGCAGCCACCCCAGCAGCAGUCGCAGCAGCAGCCGGGAGAACAGCGGCAGUGGCAGCGUGGGCAUUCCCAUCGCUGUGCCGACCCCGGCCCCGCCCAACGCCUUCCCAGGUGCGCCGCAGUUCUACAGCAUGAACCGCCCGGCGCAGCCGCAGCAGCAGCAGAACUCGCAGGUGGGCGGCUCCCUGCCGUACCGCCGGCCCUCGUCUGUCACCGGUCAGCCCAACAUGGCCCAGAGCCAGCUCAACGGGGGACCACACUUCGCCCAGAACCAAGCCGGCCCGCUCGCGCCCCCUCCCCCCUCCAUGCAGAUCACCCCUCAACUGCCUCUGAUGGGCUUUGUGGCCCGAGUUCAGGAGACUAUCUCAGACGUGCCGCCCCCACCUCCGCCUUCCGACGAGCCGGUGUUUGAUGAGCCCACGCCUCCGCCACCUCUAACGGAUGACUACGAGGAUGAAGAGGACGAAGAGGAGUCGGCGGUGGUGGAGUACAGCGACCCGUACGCCGAGGAGGACCCGCCCUGGGCCCCACGCAGCUACAUGGAGAAAGUGGUGGCCAUCUACGACUACAGCUGCGACAAAGAGGACGAGCUUUCGUUCCAGGAGGGCGCCAUCAUCUACGUGAUCAAGAAGAACGACGACGGCUGGUACGAGGGCGUGAUGAACAGCACCACGGGCCUCUUCCCCGGCAACUACGUCGAGUCCAUCAUGCACUACGCCGACUGAACUAUCCCCCCUCUGAGAGGAAGAGGAGCGGGAGGGGCUCUUGAUGAGGAAGGGAAGGGGUUUAAGGUCAAAGACUGUGAUCAGGUAGAGUAUGAUCACCUCCGUGCGCGGAGAGAAGAGAGAAGCAGGUGGGAAGAGGAAGCAGUUUUUAAAGAAGUUGCCACAUGACAAACUGAAGCCCUGUCAUUCUCUCGACAUAGUCGCCAUUGUAAAACAACCACUACUCUAGAUAUAUCCUUCCCUGACAUAUUUCUUUCUUUGUUUCUUUAUUUGACUGAGGACUGGAACGGUGAUGGAUUUGUUGUACUUUGAGAGUUUUGUGUUACAUUGUGAGGCCACUACAUUGAAUUUCAGCUUCAUCUAUUUCUUUGUUUUGUUUAACCAAAUUGCCCUUAUUUUUAAGAAUAUUUAUUGGAUUUUGUAGUGGGAUAAAUGGUGAGCAGGUAGAUGGGGCUGCUGAGAGGGAUUUCUAUGUUGCAGCCUCAGAGGAAGGGCUGGAGAAGAAUGUGUCUGCCCGUGUAGAUUCUCUCCUUAACACUCCAGAGACAUUUAAGAGAAAAACACACCUCUCGCUAUAUAUAUAUAAAGUAUGAUGCAACAACAAUAUCCUCGAAGGGGACAAGGUAGUAAUUUCUGUACUUGACAAAACUUUUUCGUUAGGUACCUCAGCAGGGAGUGUGCCAAAGCUGACAUUUACUAAGAUAAGCACAUCAAAUGUCUUACGGUGACACACUAAGCAAGAUGAAGGUGGGUCUGUGAAGACAUCUGAAGGCCAACGGAAAACCCCAGAGAGUGCUUUAAAUCCACAUUCACCUUUAUUUUCAAAGUUUAUUUAAUUAUCCAAAAAUGUUUUGCGCCAUUGCAAGUCCGAGGUUGAACUCAAGGGGGCGAGUUGACUCACUACAUUCUUCACUUUUGCUGGCCAGCCUGCGUUUUUUUGGGGUCCACCCCACAAGUGAGAGGAGAGCAAGAGCUCGUCAGCUGCACAAUGACCUGGAUUAUGAAGUCUUACUCCGCAGCUCCUGUCGUGAACAGUAGGAACGUUUUAGCUCGGCCGGCGCACUAAUCGUUUGCAGUGAUCGUACGCACUCGACACGAAGGUUUGAUUUUAUUUUUUAUGUUGUCAAGAGUUUUACCAAGGGGGUCCAGAAUCAAGUUUAGCUGGCAGAGCGGCAGACUGCAUGUUUCAACAAGGGGGAAGAAAAAAAAAACCUUUUCUCUUCUGCUCUUCUGAAGAUUAAUGUCUUAAUACUUUUAGAUAUGGUGUGGUUUGGUUUUUUGAUAUUCACCUACAACGACGACGCAUUUAGGUCAUAUCUAAGAUGCUUGUGCCAUAUUGAAGUGUGUGUUGCUGUUCCGAGGUUCUCACUUCAUUUGCAAUAAAUUGGCCGGAGUGGGGUUGGAUUUGUCGUUGAGACACAAAACUU